ACGCGAAGCCUCAAGCGAGCGGGGCCCUCUGUGUGGGGACGGCGCUCAGCCUCUAAGCAGUCGUUGUUUACAUUUUAAAGUGAAUUUAAAACACUAAACGACGUAGAAACUAUCGAUCGCUAUUUCGUUAUUGUUGAAGACUCUCAAGAAGGCGUCCGCCGGCUGCGAAUCGACAACGACGCUCGGGGCAAUGCCAACCUGCUCCGCGGACGGCGCUGGGGCUGGCAGGGGCGACACGGCGUCUCUGCUGAGCGGCUGUGCUGCCGGUGCCGGCGAUGCCACCGGCACCGCCGGUGAUGGGGCAGACUCCACGGACUCGCUGCUCUCCGCCAUCUACCACAGCAGCUACGCAAGCCAGGACGAAGAUGUGGAGGAGGACGGGCGAAAGCCCCGUUUGGCACGGUGUGGCCGGGAGCCAAGCUCCCGUCGGGUGCAGGCGGUGGCGACGACCCACAGCCGGGAUCGGAACUUCCCCAAGCGCAAAUCCUCCCCGCGGGGACCUCGUAGAGAGGGUGGCGGCCCCCCGCCUGCUGGACUGUCGGCCUGGGAGGAUUGGCUCGUGAGGAAGACUGUGGAGGAGCGGCGACAGCUGGAGCAGCGUGCACGAAGCGAGCGGCACCGCGAAGAGCAGCAACGAACUGAAGAGGAGAUCAAAUCGGAGAAGAGCAGGAAGACAGCGGAGCGCGUGCACGAGUGGAUGAGGAAUAAAUUGGAGCAGUUGCAGCUCGAGGAAGAGCAGGCGGAGCGCAAGGAGCGCACGAAGAUGGAGGAGAGAGAGCAGGAGAGGCAGAGGAUCUUGGAGAAGGCGCACGAGAGCUACCAGCAGUGGCUGCAGCACAAGGCCGCGGCCGAGAAGGAGAAGAAGCAGAGGCAGCAGGAGGAGAUGGAGCGGCUGGCGGCAGAAAAACGCGAGAGGAGGGAGAGGGCGGAGAGGGAGUUUCGGGAGUGGCUGGAAAAAGCGAAGACGAGACCUCGGCCCAAACGCGAGUGGCCGCUGGGCAAAGGAAACGGCACCUACAGCAACGCAGGCUACCCGGCGCCCAGCUUCUACAACCCCGUCCCCUGGAAGCCGAUCCCCACACCUCCCCAAGACGCCGUCUGCCCCAAGUCGGCCAAGGGGAAGAAGGCGCGGUGCGCCAGCGCGCCCGCCGCCAGGCGCGGCGCACCCACCGCUGCGGGCAGACCCGGCGCCGCCAGACUAAGGUCCUAGAACGCCGAUUCCCACCCGUCGACCGACAGCCUGGCCCUGUAGCGUGAAACUAAAACUAUUUAUUUUACCCGAUAAGGCCCCAUUGAGCUAUAUAGCGCUUUUUCAGAUGGGAGCGGGCCACGGAUGAAAGCUAAAAGUGGCUCAUCACGUGUAAAUGUAUAGCAGCUAAAUACUCUACAACACGUCGAUUCUAAAUGAGGGGAAAACCAAAGGCCCCGGAAAGAAAUCCAUGCGACCGUAGGGAGACAUGCACACUCCAAACAUACAAGCAUCAGGAUCGAACCCACGAUUACCUGUAUACCAGGCGAGGUGGUUAACAUCUCGCCACCCAGGUGCAUUGUACUCACCCUGUAAGCUGUUGUGGUGAGUCAGGGGGCACGGCCCCGCUCUGGGAGUUAGAGAUGUCCUUUCGAGAGCAGGGUGGGCGACCUGCUGCUCCAGCGCUGCAUGUGGCUCUUCCAGGGACUGCUUCGUGACAUUGUGAGAAGCACAGUCUCGGUUUCACCACACAGUGCAAUUGCACAAUUUUUUUUAAACCAAAUUCGAAGAAAAAAAAAAGUCCUUUAAUUUGGUUGCGGACCCCUAUGGGCUAUAGCUGAGAUUACAGAUGGAAUUUCCUUAUGUUCUCAUUUAUCCCUGUUGCCAUACUACGUGCAGUACCGAAAAACCCUAGUUUAUCAUGUUUAACUAAACCACAAGAUUGUCAUAUAAUUGUUAAUUCUACGCAACCCAGUACUGACCGACCCUUAGUCGUGCACGUAAAAGUUCCAUCAGCACAAAGCGGCAUGUUACCUUGCCGAAGGGAAGGAAAACCACCUGGACUCAAAGUGUGGUGUUUGUUUUGGCCACACACCCACUUUGGAGGGUUGUUUGAACAGCGACGAUGCCCACAGUAGCUGCCACCCCUCGCCGUCAAAGGGGAGUGACUAUUGAGACAGACCCAAGCGCACUCAUUGUGGUGGUGUGCGGCAAAGAGGUGCAUCAAUUCGUAUCCAUUCUUAAGCUCGCGAUACAUGCGUCGAAUGACAGUCUGUGCGUGUGUGCUGGUUGUGGGGUGGGUGUGUACGACUUGUGGGUUCUUUUACAAACACUACAAUGUUCAAAAUCGUUUCGAAUAUCAAAUCGUGGCAAUUCAUUGAAUUUCCGUGGAGGGGCGCGGGACUGUUGAUUUGCACUUAACAUCGAUUAGCACGGUUGGCUACACGCGAUGCAAAAGAUGUUCAACAUACAUAAUACGCACAACACAGAUGGGCCUACACCUCCAGCCUGCAACUUUAUUGGAUAUGGCGCGGCUAUAUGAGGCCGACCACUGACACAAGACUGCAAACGAUAUUCAUCUGUCGUUGACCCCUGACUGUAUCUCAAAAAGUCUUGUUCAGCCAUUCGUUCAUAAAAUGUUGCCACAUUCCCAAUGUAAGAUACCGAGGGAUUGAAAUGCCUGAAAUGGCACUUCUAUUUUAACUUAAGGAAUUGUAUUUUUCUCUUGUGCAGAAUGUUUAAAAGUUACUUUUGGCCAAUCAAAAAAUCUCGAGAAGAGUUUUUUUUACCAUUUUGCCAAACAACCGUUAGUGGUAGCUUGAUGAUGUGACUAAUAUAAUGAGACUUCAACAAAUGAUCAGCAACUUAUUCUGGUGCGGGUUGUUCCAUGUGACCGCCCCCUUGUGUUUUCGGGGGUUCGUACCGUGUGUCCUUGGAUACGAUGUCCGACAUUUUGGCAUCGGAGAGGACAAGGCAGUACACAUCUGGGAGCUUUUUUGUUUUUAUUCCCGGUUCUUAUACAACCGUGGACACACUUAGAUCAACAACAACAAAAAAACUCAAACUGGGACCCUUGAAAUUAAUAAAUGUUUUUUUUUAUUAUCAA